CCAUAGAAAAACCCUAUAUUUUGCGCGUGUUCUCUCCUCCUCCCCCCUUCUUCUUCCAUCUUUGCUCCUUUCUAUCUCUUCAUAUUCCACCUCUUCGUUAAACCCUUGCCCGAUGUAAGGAAAUUGUGUAUUAUCUAUCCCCCAUAUCUCAAAGCCUAGAGAUUUUAAAUCCCCAAAUUUUGGUUGCUCAAAUAACUAGGGUCAGGGUUUGCUGUUCUUUCAUUAUAAGAGAGAGAGGAUUUUAGUCAGUUUUGUUCGAAGAUCUAGAGAAAAAUUCAAUGGCUGAAGAAGAAAUUGCAGUGGUCGCAGUUGAGACAGGGAACGAUGUUAGUUCCGUUCCAUCUGAUAAUAAGAGGAAGCUUGAAGAAUUUGAGCCUCAAGAAAACGAGGAAGAAGAAGUUUCUGGAAAAGAUCAGGGAGACGUCUCUUUGGAUUUGAAUGUGAACUCGGAUGAGGUUACUGACUCCGGUCCUGAUGCGAAACGACCUCGUCUUGACGAUGAUUCUGAUGCUCCAGCUGUAGAGAAUGGUCACCAAGGUUUAGAGUCGGAUUCUAAACUAAUAAAGAAUGAGGAGCAGGCAUCUGAGGUGGAUCCUCAAGAUGACAAUGCUGAAAAUUCAUUGGCUGGGAAUGUUGAUACAGAGAAUCCAGAGCAUUCAACACUAGAGAAUCUGGAGACAGGCAAUGCUCAACAGCCAUCCGAUGAUAAUAAGCAGACAACAGAUGGUCAGCAGCCUUCAGGAGAGGAUUCUGAACAACAAGAACAACAGAGUACAACUCGCAAAAUGGAGGUCCCUAAUAAUAAGGUUGGUGUUCUUAUAGGCAAAUCUGGGGAGACCAUUCGGUUACUGCAGAAUAAUUCAGGAGCUAAAAUUCAAAUCACCAGAGAUGCCGAAGCUGAUAGAUAUGCAACAACCAGACCCGUUGAAUUAAUUGGAAGCCUUGAAAGUAUAAAUAAAGCUGAGAAAUUGAUAAGGGAUGUUAUUGCAGAGGCUGAUGCAGGAGGUUCUCCUUCCCUUGUUGCCAGAGGUUUUAAUACCGUGCAGGCUAGUGGAGCUGCUGAUCAAAUUCAGAUACAAGUCCCAAAUGAGAAGGUUGGUUUGAUCAUUGGCAAGGGAGGUGAAACGAUUAAAUCCUUACAGACAAGAUCAGGAGCAAAAAUCCAGGUACUUAUUCCACAACAUCUUCCUGACGGUGACCAAUCAAAGGAAAGAAUUGUGCGAGUUACGGGUGAUAAGAAACACAUUGAGAUUGCUAGGGAAAUGAUAAAGGAAGUUAUGAAUCAGUUGCCUGUGAGGGGGUCACCUCUCUCUGGUGGAUAUAAUCAACGUUCUCGUGGGGGUGCCUCUGGUCCACAUUCUUGGGGUGGUUCUCGUGCUCCCGCAGCUGCACAUGGAUCGAGCUAUGAUUAUCUGCAAAGGGGAGGAAUGCAUUCAUCUCACAAUCCGCAUUAUAUGCCACCUCCCACUUAUGGUGGCUAUCCUCCACAAUCUGGUCCCAGAGGUGGUAGCUUUAAUGGUGGUUGGGAUCACCAAAGACCUUCGGGUCCUGCACAACCUCAUCAUUCUCAAGGUGGUAGCGGUUACGAUUACUAUGGCCAUGGGCAAGGCCAAGGUGGUGGCCAUGCAGCUGAUGCUCCAACACAUGCUCCCAUCUCCAAUGCAGCAGCCCCUGUUCGUGGCUCAGGCCCAUCAACCCAAGGCGGCUAUUAUGGCGGACCGCACCCACAAGGUGGUCUAGAGUAUGGGCAGCCCCCUAAUUAUCAACAAACAGCUCCUCCUGCAAACCAGGGAUAUGGGCAUGGAUACGAAGACCAAAAGUAUGGAAAUCCACAGCCAGGAGGAUAUGGUGCGCAACCCCCAGUUAACUCUCAGGCGGGAUAUGGGCAACAACCAUAUAAUCCUGGUAAGCCACCUGCAUAUGGAAUGCCACCACAGGGGGGACCUGCUUCCCAAACAUAUGCUGGUCCUAGGACUGGUCAACCUGGAGAGAUGCCACCAUAUCAAGGUACAUAUGGAUCAAAUAUGCCAACUCAGCAGGGAUACCCAUAUGCAGCAGCAACUGGUGGGCCUUCACAGCAAACAUAUCCUCCAUUUGGUGCAGCACCAGCUGCUUCCAAUGAUGCGUACGUGCAGCAACCACCUCAUGUUUACGCUCAGCAAGGCGCCCAUUCUGGUUAUAGUCAACCCGGUGCUCAGCCAGCACCUGGAUAUGCUCAAGGUGGCCCUGUCCCAUAUGUGACUACUCAAGCAGGUUAUGGUGAGCAAGCAGUUCCCAAUAGUGCGGGCUACGGGUAUCCUGGGACUGCUGAAGCUGGAUACAGCAACCCAGCAGCAUCAGGUUAUGGAGCAGCAGCAAGUGGUCAGGCAGGUUAUGGACAACCAGCUCCAAGUCAAACAGGUUAUGAUCAGCCUAUACCUCAAUCAGCUGGUUAUGGGAGUGCCCCUGGAGCAGCUGCAGCAGCUGCACCGGUUGGUGGUUAUGCAAAGAAUGUACCUCAACAGGUGUCCUUUGACUCUACACAACAGAUGUAUGGUGGCGGUCACCAUUGAUGAUCUUUCUAUUGGAAGUUCGGAGUAACAUGUUGAAAUUAUUCUAGUGGUAGCUUCUAAUACAUGCAGUGUCAUGUCAUAUAGUUUAGGAGUGGAUGAGAAGUUGCUUUGUAGGUGGGAUUUUUAUGUAGCUUUGGGUGUUAUCUUUUCUCCUUUGUCCUAGGUGAAACUGUUGUUUUUUCUUGGCUAGUUAAAAGGACAUCUGUUAUCUGAUGAUUCUGAUCCUUCCCAAAAUCUCUGUUUUACCUUUAUUAAUCAAUUAGGCUUAUAUAA